AUGGCAGACUUUCCCGAGCGCGACAUGGAGAAGAUUGCCAAGGGCUGGUCCAUCGCCAUGCUAUACUCCAAGGAGCGCUUGAAGCGCGUGCACGCCUGGGAGGGCGACGAGCUGGAGCAGGCGAUCCGCGAGGGCCGGCUCGUUCUCGAGACGGUGUGCCUGUUUAUCCAUGCCUGUGUCAAGCGCGGACAGUACAGGCUACCGUUUGAGUUUUGGCGGGUGCUGCAUGCCGAGUACGGCAUUGUCGUCUAUCCGUCGGCUCUGACGGAGGACAUUGAGGUGCAGGGGCUCGGCAUAGACGUCACGUUUACGGAAGCGUAUUGCGGUCACAUAGUCAUGCUCGGCGGCUGCUCGGGAUCGCAUCCGCCACGAUGUCCGAUGGAGUUCAUCCAGGAGCCCCCUCCUGUCUACCAGAAGUGA